CCGAGAUCGCGGUGUAAAGCGGUAUGGAAAACCCCAUCGUGUUAAAUGUCCUCUUUCGAUAUUGAAACGAUCGUACGAUCAAACUAGUGUAAAAUUGAUCCGGAUAAACAAAUUUGAAUGGAAAUUCUAAAUAUGUUUCCACCGAUCCUGAUAUUCAUUUUAUUAUGAAGCUUUUUCCACUGAGGAUUAUAAAGUUCGUUUUUGUUUAAUAUUCAAAAUCUACUUUCGGUUUUUAAAGAAUCAGAUUAAUAAUAAAACACUCACAAUGGGGAAUGCACUGCCACCUUUUGGAAUUAAGAAUUCACAAUCGUCGCAAGCAAGCAGGUUUUAUAAUCUUAGCGCUGAAAACCGCAUUGAAUAUGAGGUCAUUCGACUCAUUGAGACUGAACAUACCUAUUGGCAAGACAUUUUGCAAAGUUUGAAAAUGACGACAUCUGAUGUUGAUAUUGCAUUCAUCAACGAUUCGUUGGAUAAUACUGCAAAGAAGAUAUUCAAAUACCUUGCACAGACAGCGUCAAAAUAUGAAGUCAAAAAGCCACAUGAUGAAUCAUUUGUGAAGCUGCGAUCAGAACAAGAUAUUGCAGCAUUGCAUCAUAAAUUGGCAGAUUUAGAGAUAAUGAUCACAUCGUUGCAAAGUGAGCGAGACGAUCUGUUGCUCAGACUCAGCAAAGUUGUUGGAGACAAGCUGGUCCAAGACAAUCCGAACAUAAGUGAUCUGAGUGACAAGAACAGACCCACCAAACUGGGCGAAAUGUAUUCCGAAUUGUACGAUAAUGAAUGGACGGAUGCUAUUGAAGGCCUACAAGAGGCAGGUCAAGAUGAAAAAGAGGCUGUUCACACACUUUGCUUAACCUUACAGAAAACCUUUAAGUUUUGUGAUGAUAAGGCCGUUCAACUGUUAGAUUCAACAGCCAAUGCGGCAAAUGUUUUGUUCUUGGAAGCCGAACAGACACAGGGCCAGAUGAAACAACGAUUCACCAUCGCAAUUGCUCCUAAGAACAUUAGUUCCAAACAAAGCGGACAGCUCCAACAUUGGAUCGAGAAGUUACAACUACAGAACAGAUGGAAACCUAAGGCAACAUCUAGUACAGACCAAACUAAACCAUCAGUUCCCGAGAAAAAACUGCCGCUCAAUUUUGAAGCUGAAUACAAACACCUGCGUAAAGAACUUUCAGUAGCAAUAGUUCCAGCUUUACAAAAGGCAUUUCUUGACAUCUACUGGGACGAUUCGUGCAUUCCGGCUAUGAAGCCCUUCAUCAAGAAAAGUCUGUUCCUCUGCUGGAUGAUGGUAGUACAGGGACCGCCUCUGUGUUUCGAUUGGAGUACCAAACACGGGUCAAAGUUUGAUGCAAAUUUGUAUAAACAGUAUACAAAAUGUGGAAACAUAGUGGAUUAUGUUGUAUGGCCCACAAUGUUCUUACAUGAAGGUGGACCUGUAAUUGUGAAAGGUGUUGCACAACCAAUAACUGGUGUUAGCGAUGAAGAAUCCAAACAUACAUAAACUUGAAUAUAACUGACAACAUAGUUGUUCCAUAAUUUUUAGUGCUCAAUGUGCACAUAGAACAGUGAGCAAUGUGUAAUAUAUGUUGUUGUUUUUUUAAGGUGACAAUUUACGCAUGAUCAUUUCCGGAGGAGCUCAGACUUAUAUUGAGAAUAGUUAACGGAAAUAUAUUGAUCAUAAGGUUGUAUGUAUGUUAAAAAAAAAAACGAAUUUUUAAAAUAUGUGUGUGAAAAACCGUUAGUUGACCGUGCUGCAAAGGUAAAUUAAAAGCCCAAGGGAUAUUUGCAUGAAAAUCGUAUCAAUGGUUAACGACAGAGAUGAAGAGCAUCAAUUACAAUUAUUAAUAUAAGGCUUCUAAAAGUUGUUAAAUUAUCAUUUGAAAUAAAAUGCUUUUAGAUAG